AUGAAAAUUACCGCAUUGUUGAAAGGUUUUCUGUUCGUUGUAUCGAUAAUUUUAACUAUAUUUGUCCCACCAACAUCAUGUUUGAGUUGUCCAUCUGGCCCAAUAACAGUUGGAAUGUGUGGAUGUUGUAAUCGUGAUGGAAAGAAAAAUGAAACUUGCCAUACAGGCGAUGCUAAUCUUAUGAUAAUGUUUCUUGGAUAUGGUGUUUGUGUACCACUAGCAGAUUUAAGUUUCUUUCCAUCAUAUUAUUUGUGUGAACAUCGACAAACUUAUGAAGGCCAGAAUUACUGCCUAGUCAGAGCUAAUAAUCGUAAUUACAUAUAUCCGAUGUAUGAGUUUUGUUCAACUAAGUGUAUUGAUUCAAUCAUUUAUCAUAUGGAUACGAAUAAGUUAGUCAAACCAAGUAAAAAACUCAAGACAACCCAUAAUCUUCUGAGCCCGCGCAAACGUAUACAGAUAAAAACUGGUGGCUCAGGUGAAAAAUUAAAAUUAUCACAAGUAUAUAAUGAUGUUGUUGAAUUGAUUGUCAAAUGUGGGCUUGCAGCUGGGAGUCCUAAACUGUUAGCCAAUACUAAUUUUCAUUUGAUGCAAUCCAACGAUACUACAACUGCUAGUUUUAAUGGUGUAUUUCAAACACCAAUGAAAACUAUGACCUGGCCUACGACAAAACCAAUUCAAGUAAAUCAGAUUAAUAUUGAUACAUUGUCGAAUCAUAUUACUUGCACAAAUAUACAAUUACAAUAUCUCACCUGUGAGUAG